CCGGCCCAGCGGUCUGCACAGUUUCCCGGUGGUGCGCGCGGGGCUCUACGGGGUCUGGCGUCCGGGGCCAGUCGGUUCUCCUAGCCUGUCUGAGAGGGCAGGAGCCUUUUAGGGCGGCGAUCCCGCGGUGGGAAGGGAGGGAGAGUCGUAGGGGACCCUGGCCCUUGCCCCAGCUAGAAAGGGAAGAGAGUUUGGCCAGCCCACGGGCGAAAGCGUCGGGUCCCUUUCCACAGGGGAGGGGCGGGAUGGACGGGCUUCUGACUCCCAGGGAGUCCGCAAAGUUCAUUGCUGAGAAUAGUCGCGAUGUGUUCAUUGACGGCGGAGGCGUGCGGAGGGUGGCCGAGCUGCUGCUGGCCAAGGCCGCGGGGCCCGAGCUGCGCGUGGGAGGCUGGAAGGCCCUUCACGAGCUGAACCCCAGGGCGGCCGACGAGGCCGCCGUUAACUGGGUGUUCGUCACAGACACGCUCAACUUCUCCUUCUGGUCGGAGCGUGACGAGCACAAAUGUCUGGUGGGGUACGGGGGGAAGAUGUACACUGGGUACUGGUCCUUGUGCGCCGCGGUCAACAGAGCCCUGGACGAAGGGAUACCAAUAACUAGUGCUUCGUACUAUGCCACAGUGACCCUGGAUGAGGUUCGGCAUAUACUCCGUUCUGACACAGACGUUCCCAUGCCUUUGAUAGAAGAGAGGCAAAGGAUUCUUAAUGAAACCGGGAAAAUUCUGCUUGAGAAAUUUGAAGGUUCUUUUCUUAAUUGUGUCCGAAAAAGUGAUAAAAGUGCUCAGAAGUUAUUGCACCUGGUAGUUGAAAGCUUUCCUUCUUACAGAGAUGUGACUCAGUUUGAGGGAAAAAGAAUUUCUUUUUACAAACGGGCCCAAAUUCUCGUGGCAGAUACGUGGAGUGUAUUAGAGGGAAAAGGAGACGGCUGCUUUAAGGACAUCUCCAGUAUCACCAUGUUUGCUGACUAUAGAUUACCUCAGGUUCUUCUUUACCUGGGAGCCCUGAAAUACUCUGAUGAACUACUGGAGAAGCUUCUCAAAGGAGAAAUGCUUUCAUAUGGGAAUAGGCAAGAGGUGGAAAUCAGAGGGUGUUCACUUUGGUGUGUUGAGCUGAUCCGGGAUUGUCUUCUGGAACUUAUUGAAAAAAAGGGUGAAAAAACUAGUGGAGAGAUCAAUUCCAUUCUUUUGGAUUAUUACUUAUGGGACUACGCCCGUGAUCACAGGGAAGAUAUGAAAGGAAUUCCGUUUCAUCGCACACGUUGCAUAUAUUAUUGACCCACAGUGUAAACUGAUCCUAAGAGAACUUCCAUUUUUAUAUCACAUAAUUAUUUGUAUAAUUUUGCUUUGAUAUUAGGAGAAGGUGGUAGAGGUUACAGCAAUAAGAAAAUUGAUUACCCAGGCUCUCUUAAAAUAUUUUUCCUGGGGCUUCCCUGGUGGUGCAGUGGUUAAGAAUCCGCCUGCCAAUGCAGGGGACAAUGGUUCAAUCCCUGGUCCGGGAAGAUCCCAUGUGCUGCAGAGCAGCUAAUCCCAUGGGCCACAACUACUGAGCCUGUACUCUAGAGCCCAUGAGCCACAACUGCUGAGCCCAUGUGCCACAACUACCGAAGCCCAUGCACCUAGAGCCUGUGCUCUGCAACAAGAGAAGCCAUGGCAAUGAGAAGCCUGUGCACUGCAAUAAAGAGUAGCCCACACUCUCUGCAACUAAAGUCUACACAAGAAACGAAGACCCAACAUAGCCAGUUAAUUAAUUAAAAAAUUUUUUUCCUGACAUAUUACUCUGUAUUCCCAACUUUUUCCUUUGUUUGCUGAUUUAGUUUUAACUAUAUUUUCCCCUUCUAUGGAUACAAGACAGAAAUAGUAAAGGAAAUUUAAUGCUUUCUUUAAAUUUCAGAUUUCUUAAAAUUAAUCAUGCCUUAUAAUGUGAUUGAUCUUUGGUGAUAAUAUUUCAUCCAUUCAAUUAGUAUCUUUUUUCAAGGUGUAGUAAUAUUCUAUAUACCUUAAUCAUCUGAUAUGAGAGAAAGAGAGCAGAAUCUUUGCCAUAUGAAUGCUGCUGCUCUUGUAAGAAAUCAAUCUUGACAGAUUUUUAAAAACUUUUUAUUGAUAAACAGUGAUUUUCCAUUUAGGAUAUCUGUUUAGUUUUUUUUUUCUUCAGAGUAACUACAUUGGGAAUUUAUCAAAUAAAGAUUUUAAA